AUGCUGUCACGGGCAUUGCUGCUGUCCUUCUGCACAGCAGCCUUGCAGCUGGUGAGCAACAACAGCAAGACUUUCUAUCGGGUGGACAAGGCGCUAAGCUGGGAAGAGGCCAUGUGGCACUGCCAGGAACACUACACAGACCUUGCCGACCUAGAGAGCUUGAACAGCAUGAAUGGCAUCAGGACGCUCUCCUCCCUCAUCAAGGAUGCUGCGGCAUGGAUUGGCCUCUUCUACGACAAGUAUAGUUCUGGCCUGAGCUGGUCCAGCGGUUCCACCUUCACCUCCAUAUCGUGGAAUGACCUGCCUGACAUCAGGGAGGGCUUCUGCGCUAUGCUGUACUUACAGUACGAUGACACCCCCCACCUGGGGGCUGCUUCCUGCACAGCUCAGAAGCCCUUCAUUUGCUAUUAUGAUCGUAUUGUAGGGCAUCGCUUCUCCAGAGCAUCUUCCCAAGAAGGCAUCUUCACUCUUCCCGAGAAAGCUACGGUUUUAAUUGGUGGAUGGAAUUUCACAAGAAUUACGCACAAUAUGAGCUGGUCCUUGGCUUUGAACUACUGUCGCAACCACUACACAGACCUGGCCGACCUGCAGGUGGUGAGGAAUGCAGCAGACAUUGCCACCUUGAAACACCUCACAACUGCCUUUGAUGCCUGGAUUGGCCUCUACGCCAGCCCCAAAUCCAAUUCUCUGACUUGGUCCAGCGGCUGGGAUGCUGGCAUCCCUCAGUGGGUAGAGAACCAACCUUUGCUCCAUGCAGGACUCUGUGCAGGAAUACGCUCCUUCGCAAACAAGAACCCAAGGAUUUAUGCACGGACUUGCUCUGAGCUGAGACACUUCAUCUGCUACUAUGGGGACUUUUAUGGAAUCCUGAAGGCAGACUUCAUCAUCUCAGGUUUGAAUGACCCAGAAAAGAUGGAAGACCAAUUUAUGCGUGAGAUCCAAGAAGUCUUAAAGCUUAUAUUAGGUCAUGAGCAAUUCAUGCUGAAAUGGGUCAGCUUGGAAGUGAACAAAAAAUAG